AAAUCCAUCUGCAUUGUCAAGAAAAUAGUUUUCCGUUGAAGAACCACAAGAAAAAACGUUGCAUUGUUUCUUAUUGACUGUUCUUGUGAUUUGAUUCCCUCCUUAUCUGUAUUCUUCUUGUGUUUGUAUUCCCUACAAAAAAUUGUUACCUUCGUUCUCUUGCCUUUAGGGUUAAACUGUUUUGAAUUUCAAGAACAACAAUCAUCUAAAGCUGGAAAGAUUUAGAGGGAAUGAGACGCAAAUCUAAAUUUGAUUGUGUAAAGAGUUGAUGGGAAAUCGCUGUGCUAGAACUCCUUCUUGUAGAAAGUUAUGGUCACGUAUAUGCUGCUGCUGCAGCAACAUCAACAACACCAACGGUCAAGCCCGAAGCAAACAUGGUUCCAAAGGAAUGGUCUAUCCUGUAACAAGAAUCGAAAUAUGGGAAGAAAAGGUCACAGAAGCUAAAAACAAUGGCAAGAUUCUUGUGGUGAAUUUCAACGCUUCAUGGUGUGUACCUUGUAAAAAAUUAGAACCAAUAUUCAGAGAACUUGCUUCUAGAUACCCUUCAAUGAUAUUUGUAACCAUUGAUGUCGAAGAGCUUGCUGAGUUUAGUAAUGAAUGGAAUGUGGAAGCUACACCAACUAUAGUGUUCCUUAAAGAUGGGAGACAAAUGGAUAAACUUGUUGGUGCAGAAACAUCAGAGCUUCAGAAGAAAACAGCUGCAGCUGCAGAUCUCUAACUCAUAAAACCAUAAACUCUUAACAGAACAGA